UAGCGGUUUUGGAGAAAACUGCUGGACGUUCGGACAGACGGACAGACAGACGGAUGCACCUAGGCCGACAAUAUGGCCCCACACUAUGUGGUGGGGACAUAAAAAGAAGAUAUAUUACACUAAAAUGUUUAAACUGGUGAUGUUUCUUUGUAAAUUAUUAACCGAUUGAAUUUUAACUGCAUAAACAAAUGUUUGCCAUCCUUUUAGUGUUUACUACAUAUCCAUUGAAUAAUUCUAGUUUAGAGUUAAAAAACUUACAAAACAAUUCUUUGAAAUGUAAUAUGUGGAUGCGAGCAUAGCUUUAAAAUGAGAUUACGAGUGAGAAGAUUUAGAUAUUUCAUCAUAUGCAUGAUCGUGGUUUCAAUAUAUGUGUUGGGUCAGAUUUUCAUCAAUGUUAACAUUAAAAAACAUGAACUGGAUCACGUCAUACUGCAUUCAAACUAUAAUGUCUCACUUGGACAAAAUCAAUUGAAGAAUCAAGAACUGAACAUACAGAAGACCAAUGCAAAUGAGAUAAGACAGUAUGACCUCCGAGUGAUAGUUCUCACGGGAAGCCGUGGGAGCUCUUUACAAAUCUGCUUGGAUUCACUCAACAAUGCGACAUACAAUGGUGAUCAAAUAUUACUAGAGAUCUGGAUAGACAGAGACAAGAAAAAUCAGCUGGACCAAAAUGUAUUCGAAGUCGCUGACAAGUUUAAGUUUAUUCAUGGUAAAAAGGAAUUGAAGGUCCAUCCUGAGCAUGCAGGGAUACACAAGCAAUGGAUUGAUACUUGGACACCCCCUGAAGAUAAUAAAGAAAUCGGACUCAUUUUGGAAGAUGACAUUGAUGUAUCGAAAUAUUUCUACACCUGGUUGAAAAAAGCGUAUGCCAUUUAUGGCACAAGGUCAGAUGUGGCAGGAAUAGGACUUUCAACCGUUAUGCCAGAUUACUUGGCAUCAACUAAAAUCAAAGCAUGUAAUGACAGGAAAAGACAUAAAAAUGCUGAACACUGCGAAGUAAGGGCGCCAUUGUCACAAACCAUAUACAUGUAUAGAAUAGCUACAACUUGGGGAUUUGCACCUAAUCCUAUCAGCUGGCGAAAAUUCCAAAAAUUUUAUCAUGAGGAAAAAAAGUCUACACAUUUCAAGCCAAAUGUACCAGGUAUCCGCCAUACACAAUGGUAUGCUAAAUAUGGUGAAACAAUGUGGUCAAUAUGGCAUGUGUAUCAUAUGUACAUCAACAAACUUUAUUGCAUAUUUCCCAAUCUGCCAAAAUAUCAAAAAUUUGGUAACCAUCGGAAGGAAGCAGGGGACCAUACUACGAAGUGGACGCAUGAAUAUUGGGCAAAAAGUCAAUAUAACACAAUGGUGAAAACAUGGAAUGAAACAUUUCUAGAUAUGCCCUUAUAUCCAGCUAAAGUAGACUACGAUGGAACACUAAAAUAUUAGAAAUUGUAUCUUGACAUUACUUAACCAGUCUCAUGUGAACAAUAGGAUGAAUAAAUGUGCAUAAUAAGGAUUGUGUAUAUAGGCUUUCAGGUUUGAAAAAGGAAGGAAUAUGGGUUUUAUUCUUUAGGACACUAUGAUAAUUAUCAAGAGAAGUAACAUCAACCAUUGACCAAAAGUAGAAGGAAAAAAUAAAUUGACAGAAUAUGAAAAAAUUUGUUAUUGUGAAAGUCAAUAUCAUACUAUCCUAUAAGUAUCAAUUCAUAUUUCAUUAUCAAAAAAAUAUGCGUGACAGGGGAUCCAAUAUUAGAUUUGGUGGUUGUAUCAGUCAUAUUUAAUCAGUCAUAUUCAUGACAAUAUACAAUAAAUGCAUAUCCAAGUUGUUUUAUCUGAUUUAUAAUAGUGUCAGAACAGCACAGUAAUGUUGACAAUACAGAUGUAACAAACGUGGUAAUGUAGAACUGCUGUGUAGAGCAACAAUUCCCUCUAAUGAUACUCAUUAAUAACAUUGUCUACAUGCCAGAUCAUGGUUGAGUGAGAAUGUGGAUCAUAGCUAUUCUAGUGCUGUGCCACAUAAAUUUUAAUUCAAAUCAAG